AUGGCUGACAACUUGGAGAAACUGACCGCCGAUAUACUAGACGAAGACUUUACGAGUAUUUUUAGACCCCUCCAUAUUCUACAAGCAGUUAUCGGGAGCCUUAAUGUGAAAAUCGAACACGGCUUUGCCACGCCGCCCUCGAGGGCUCUCAUGACUAUUGUUGAUGUAGUAAUGAGUUUGUUCAUAUUAUAUUAUAUACAAAUUCGAGUAGAGUACAUUCGAAAAGAAUUAGAGAACAUUAAAAGUUUGGUCGAAAGCAAUUCAAAAUUACACAAACACGCCAACGCCGAACGAGCCCAAUUGGACGAAACACUCAGCGUUGGUCUAGAAAAGAAACUGACUGGCUUGGUGCUGGGAACGCAUGACAUCUUAACAGCUAUGGCAGAUUUCAGUCACUUGUAUCAAAUGAAGAUAUCGUACUUCACGUACAUGAUGUUACUGUGGGUGGUCAUGUUAAUUGAAUUAUCAAUUAUUCCACAACGAAAAGGUGUAGUCAAGCGAAACGCGAAACGUAUGUUUUUGUUACUGGAUGUAAGAAAUUCCAUAUCAAUAUAUGAUAUAUAUACGCUAGACGCGCGCCUACUCGCACGUACACUCGGUAUUAUAACUACUUACACAGUUAUCAUUUUGCAGUUUUAUGUAGCAUAAACAGUAAGUAUACUCCAUGGAUAUGUAUCAUCGUGCUUAUAAAUUCACCUGCUCGC